AUGGGUCGGAUUCCAUGUUGUGAAAAGGAGAAUGUGAAGAGAGGACAAUGGACUCCUGAAGAAGACAACAAAUUGGCUUCUUAUAUUGCUCAACAUGGUACUCGUAAUUGGCGUCUCAUCCCUAAGAAUGCUGGGUUGCAAAGAUGUGGGAAGAGUUGUAGGCUGCGAUGGACAAACUAUCUGCGUCCGGAUUUGAAACAUGGCCAGUUCUCGGAGGCUGAAGAACAUAUCAUUGUCAAGUUUCACUCUGUUCUUGGUAACCGGUGGUCGUUGAUUGCGGCGCAACUUCCUGGUCGGACAGACAACGAUGUGAAAAAUUAUUGGAACACGAAGCUGAAGAAGAAGUUGUCAGGAAUGGGAAUAGAUCCGGUGACCCACAAGCCUUUCUCGCAUCUAAUGGCAGAGAUCACCACUACACUUAAUCCUCCUCAGGUUUCUCACCUAGCCGAAGCUGCCCUCGGCUGUUUCAAGGACGAGAUGCUUCACUUGCUCACCAAGAAACGUGUUGACCUAAACCAAAUCAACUUUUCAAACCAUAACCCUAACCCAAACAACUUUCACGAGAUUGCUGAUAAUGAAGCUGGUAAGAUAAAGAUGGAUGGUUUGGACCAUGGGAAUGGGAUAAUGAAGUUAUGGGACAUGGGUAAUGGAUUCUCAUAUGGAUCCUCUUCGUCUUCGUUUGGGAAUGAAGAAAGAAAUGAUGGAUCAGCGUCUCCUGCCGUUGCAGCUUGGAGGGGUCACGGAGGAAUACGUACCGCGGUAGCUGAAACCGCGGCAGCGGAGGAGGAGGAGAGAAGGAAGCUGAAGGGAGAAGUGGUUGAUCAAGAGGAGAUUGGAUCUGAAGGAGGAAGAGGAGAUGGAAUGACGAUGAUGAGGAACCAUCAUCAUCAUCAACAUGUGUUUAAUGUGGAUAAUGUCUUGUGGGAUUUACAAGCUGAUGAUCUCAUCAAUCAUAUGGUUUGA